AAUGUGAAGUCCAGCAACAGAUUGGAAACCAGCAUGAGUGAUGGUCUGUGACAGAACCAUCUUCAUUUUCCUGCAUCUCAUGUUCUCAUUUCAUUAUAGCAGAGUGUGUUUAAAAAUAUAUAUUAAGAGUGAUAACUGAUUCACAUCCGUAUGGCAUUUAACUGCAAUUAAGUAUGGUCUACAGUGUUCUUGUCUGUCUGUACAGCUUUUUCCAGAAAAAAGUCUGCUUUUGCUAUUUAUUGUUACACAUUGCUCUUAUCAAAAUCAAUACUGGAGUUGAAAAAAAAAUAUCUCAACAGUACUGCUGCUCUUUAGCCUACUAACUAUUCUUUAUUUCGCCGUGAUGAGGACAUCUCAUUUGAUGUCAACUGGCCCACAAGAGGACAAAACAUACCCACCUAGGAUCACUGUUGUUAUACAGUAAGAUGACGUUUCCUUAGGGGUCAGUCACAUGACUAGCGUUGUACAGUAAAAACCCAAUAUGGCAGAAAUGGUGGCUCUUGCACGGUAACUAAAGCAACAUUUCCACUCAAACAGCAAGACACACUUAUAAUCGGUCGACACUCCGCACCGACCGAAAACAUGAGGGAGAAACAGAGGAAGAAGAAGGGGCGGACAUGGGCAGAAGCAGCUAAAACGGUGUUGGAAAAGUACCCCAACACUCCCAUGAGCCACAAGGAGAUCCUCCAGGUCAUCCAGAAGGAGCGUCUGAAGGAGAUCAGAAGUGGGACGUCACCCCUGGCCUGUCUGAAUGCCAUGCUGCACACUAACUCUCGCGGGGAGGAGGGCAUCUUCUACAAGGUGCCAGGCAGGAUGGGAGUCUAUACGCUCAAGAAAGACAUAGCGGACGUGGUGAAGGAGCUGUCGGAGGAGGGCUCAGAGGACAGCAGUGAUAAUCUGUCUGACAGCCGCAGCACUGAGAACAGCAGCAGCAACAACAGCAAGGAGGGCAGGAGGGGCAGAUGGCGGAGGAGGGUUCCGGCGAAGCUGAAGUCGCAGCCGUCCUCCCCGCAGUCGCGCUGCUCCUCCCCCUCGGUCCCCUCCAGCAAGCUCAUCUCGCCCUCCCAGAAGCACAGCAAGAAGGCCCUCAAGCAGGCACUGAAGCAACAGCAGCAGAGGAACCAACGGAGGCAGUGUGUGAUGGCGUCAGGUUCGAGCCCGCGACUGCUGCUGAAGAGUGUGAAGGGGCUGGCCGACAGCGUGGACGCCAAGCCAGGUAGCGCAGAUUUCCCACAAUCCAUCUCUGCAGCCCAUUCUGCCAUCACAGCCUAUCCACGCUUACGCUCAUCCGUCUCCGGCAAGACAGCGUGGGAGCUAAAACAGGUGGAGCGGCCACCCGCCAGUCCCCAGAACUCCAGCUCCUCCUCGUCCUCCUCGUCCUCAGCCAAGGCCGACUGCCCCCCCGCCAGCAGGAAGCUCUCCCAGCGCUCCAGCCGCCUCAGUGCACGGCAACUGAAGCGUAGCCGGUGCGAGAUCGACGUGGAGACGCCCGACUCCAUCCUGGUCAACACCAACCUGCGUGCCCUCUUUAACAAGCACAACUUCUCCGCCCUGCCGCACGAGUGCCAGCUGAAGCUGCUCAAGCUGCUGCCCGAGGUGGACCAGCAGGCUUGCAUGGACGGCCCUGUCCUGAAGGUAACCAGCUCUGCCUUAAACAACGAGUUCUUCACCUCGGCAGCCCAGUCCUGGAAGGAUCGGCUCUCUGAAGGUGAGUUCACGCCUGAGCUGAGACUGCGGAUGAGGCAGGAGUUUGAGAAGGAGAAGAAGGUGGAGCUGUGGAAGGAGCGCUUCUUUGAGAGCUACUACGGCGAGCACUCUGGUUUGACGUUAGAAGAGUCCAGAGAGCUCCUCGAUGCUGAGGGGAAAGAAGCUCCUGCUCAGGAGCCGGCCGAGCUUCCCUGUAAAAAAUCAGCCGGACAGGCCACCGUGGACAUUCAGGAACAGAGCCAAGGCUUCCAGCCAUCUCCCACAGAAUCGGAAUCCAAACCUGCGCCAGAGAAACCGGUCAGCCAGGCGGCGUCCAGCAGUGUCCGGUCUUCUGAGCUGCCGCAGAGAAGGUCACAGGCCGCCCCAGUGGGCUCCUAUACCCCCACGCUCACGCGGUCGAUGUCCCUCAAGGCAGAGGCCAGUCUUGCAGCAGCAGCAACACGGGAGGCCCCCACCCCAGAAACAGCCCCAGCCCCUACAGCCCCAGCCCCUACAGCCCCAGCCCCUACAGCCCCAGCCCCUACAGCCCCAGCCCCUACCCCAGCCCCUACAGCCCCAGCCCCUACCCCAGCCCCUACCCCAGCCCCUACAGCCCCUACCCCAGCCCCAGCCCCUGUUCCAGCCCCUACCCCAGCCCCUGUUCCAGCCCCUACUCCAGCUCAGGAAAGACCCACUCCAGCUGCAUCCCCAGCUCCAUCCCCUACAUCAGCCCCUGUCCCGGCUCCCUCCCCAGCCAUCAGUCCCCCUCAUCCUCAUCCUCCUCCUCCUCCUCCUCCUUCUACUGCUGCUCCGACUGCUGCUGCCUCACCUGCACCACUGGCCUCCGGCACUCCACAUAGAGAUGAGAAGACCCAGGCUGCUCGCAAGGACAGUCCAGGAACCACAUCAGCAGCAGCAGCAGCAGAGAGCCAUGUGACCUCUCCUGCUCCCUCCGCACCCCACGAGCCGCUGAAGAGGAAGUCCUCCAGCCAGCAGGAGGCAGAAGCGAGCCCUGAGAAGAAGUUGUGCCCGACUCAACCAGCAGGAGCGUCAGCCGUCACAGCAGCCUCAUCCUCCUCCUCACCCCCCACCACCACAACCUCUUCAUCACUGCCAUCACCUGCAGCAUCAGCGCCUGCUGUCACUCCCACUAAAGAGCAGAGGGUACCUCCACUCAUUAUCCCUGUAUCUCGUAUCCUGGCAGCUGCUGCUCCUCCCCCCAGUCCGGUGUCGCCCAGAGCCCCUCUGGUGGUGGCCCCCCCUCGCUCGGGCCGCACCGGCGCCCGCACGCUGGCCGACAUCAAGGCCAAAGCCCAACAGGCGCGUGCCCAGAGGGCAGCCGCUGCCGCAGCGGGCACUUCCCCGCAUGGGGCAGGACCUGGAUCUGGUGGGGGCAGUGCCCCCUCAACCCCCACGUCGCUGUCCAGUGGCAGCGAGACGCCAUCCCCGGUCAAACUCAGCCCCGCGUCACCAGCCCACGCUGGUCGUCUCUCUCACACGCCCCCCAGCGCCACCGCAGCUACGGACAUCAGAGCUGCAUCGGGGUCGCACAGCAACCAGUCCCACUCGCAUGCCCUUUUCAAGCCCUCGCUCGCGCACCUCCAGAGACCUCCGGUGUCCGGCCCCGGGGGAAACACGGCGGCUGUGGCGGCGGCGCUUUCGUUCGCCGCCUCUCUCAAGUCCAGCUCGUCCAUCCCAGCCAACAACCCGCUGGUCACGCAGCUGCUGCAGGGCAAAGAGAUCCCCCUGGAGAAGAUCCUGCCCAAGCCCCUGGCCCGCGGCGAGCACCCCCCCCACCACCACCACCACCACCAUCACCACCACCAUCAUCCGCCCGCCUCCAGCACCGCGCAUGACGAGCAGAGCAGGCUUCGUCAGCAGGUCCCAGGUCAGCUGGCGACGCACAGUCCCCCGGGCACCUCUGGCCCCGCCAGGCCUGGUUUCAGAGGAGAGCAGGCCUCCUCUCACCAGCAGCGCGAGAUGCUGGACAAGGAGACCCAGGAGCAGAUCCUUCAGGUGUUCAUGCGGGGCCAGGCGUACAGCCCUGCGGUCCCCCAGCAUGACACUCGAGCGCUGGGCAUCCCUCCACAGUCGCUGCCUCUCCAGAGCUGCGCUGACCGGCCCUUCUGCCCCGCGGGGCUGCUGAGCCGAAAGCGCCGCUCCCGGCCAGCCAUGUCGGGCCACUACCUGCUCAACGUGUCCACCUACGGCCGCUCCGACGCCAGCAAGCGCGCCCUCCUGUCCGUCCCGCAGGCCAGCCUAAAGACAGAGAGCCUCGAGGCGGGGGAGGGGGGGCAUGUGAAGGAGGAGGAGGCCGAGGAGAGGAGGGCGGGCCUGGGGGAGGAAGAGGAGGAGAAGGGGGUGAAGAUCGAGGAGCCCGGGAGCCCACAGAGGUGCUCGUGGACGAAGCAAAUGAGCGGCAAUACCAGCAACGUACACAGCGGCUCACACGCCACCACCAGCAGCAGCGGCCACUCUGAGAGCCCGUCACUGGGCCCCUGCUCCUACGGGGGCACCAUCAGCAUGUCCGUCCCCCCCGCGCUCAACCACACCUCGACCGGCUCCGGCGCUGCUGUCUCCGCCGACUCCCCCGCCUCCGCUCAGACGUCAUCCGAGGCCGACGCCGGCAGCGGCAGCGUGAUGUCCUUCUCCGUCACUGUGACGACCAUCCCCGCCGGUCACCCGGGCGGCAACCCGGGCGAGGACUCCCCCGAGCAGGUGUUCAUGGAGGGCAGCGCCAUGGAGGAGGUGCAGUCCAAGUGCUACUGCCGCCUCAAGGCCAUGAUCAUGUGCAAGGGCUGCGGAGCCUUCUGCCACGACGACUGCAUCGGGCCCUCCAAGCUCUGCGUCUCCUGCCUGGUGGUACGAUGAGCGCAGUGGUGGGUGACGCCUGGGAGGUGCUGAGACACGACACUCUGCCUGAGUCUUUGUGUGUAGAGAGAGAGAGAGAGAGAGAGAGAGAGAGAAGGAGGGAGCAAAGGAGGCAUGGUGUGCAGGUGUUCAGGAUCGUUGUCGUCUGGAGCCGGAGGCAAGUGGGUUCCGUUCUGACACGGAGCCUCCCAGCCUGGGGGGGUAGCUCACCUCUCCUCAUCAUCAGUUGGAGGCAAAACAAGCACCUUGACUUUAAAAGAAAAAAAAAAAAAGAAAAACCUGAGACACAACUUUGAGUAGUGGCAAUAUUUUCUAACUCUGAUGUUUUGUUUUGCUCAAUAUUUUUUUAAAGAUCGUCGAGGCAUAGCUUUUGUUUUUGUUUUUUUUUUAAAAAGAGGAAUAAAACACGACUGUGGAUAUUUUUGUAGAAACUAAAGGGCAAUUAGGGAGCUCCUGUGACACUUAGCCCCCGGUUACCCUCGGUCAGAGAUCAGCGACAGCUUGUGUGUCUGUGUCUGUGUGUGUGUGUGUGUGUGUGUGUGUGUGUGUGUGCGCAUGUCUGUGCGUGUGUGUGUGUGUGUGUGUGUGUGCGUGCGUGUCUGUGCGUGUGUGUGUGUGUGUGUGUGUGUGUGUGUGUGUGUGUGUGUCUGUGCGUGUGCGUGUGUGUGUGGACUGUACGCUCUCCGCUGUAGUCUUAUAGCUCUCCAGAGUCAAUUGCAUGAAGAGCUGCCCUAGAGCCACUACAUGACGUGAGCUAACUGGUUGGCUGUUGGCUAAAUGUGUCGAGGGCAGGAUAGGAGAGGGAUAGGAGAUCCGCUUCAUCGGGUGAUGAGGCCAGAUGAAUGGGGCUUUGUGUUUAAGUACGGAGCUUUCCAGAAUCACGCUCACCUCGAGACACAAACGAGGUUUUUAAAAAAGGGGUGGAUUUAUUUUAUCAAAGCAUCUUGAUCAGUGAAAGUGGCAAUAAUUUGUUGUAAUUUUUUUCCUCCAAAGUAUUUAUAUUAGAUCUAUCUAUAAAGAGAGAGAGAGACAUCUGGAUUAUUUCAUUCGAAUCCGUACAGAGCCGAGCUAACUUUUCUAUAAAAGGUUGUACAUAACUUUUUUGUAGAAGAACUGCAGGGUUAAGGACUCCAGGUGCUUACAGUCCAAACUGAGAAAAUUGCAAGGACACAUGACAUGUGUCUAAGACGUCAUCUCUCUAAGACGUGUUUUCUCAGGAGUAGGGAGCCCAGGUCGUGCCAUUUCAACAUAUUUGUGUGUGUGCGUGUGUGUGUGUGUGUGUGUGUGUCUCACUCUCGCAUCUCUUGAAACUGUGUGAACUGGUACUGCCUCCCCCAGCCAAGCUUUGGGAAACUGUAGAUAUACUGUUCCGUACAAUCUCUCAGAGGUUUUUAAAAAAAAAAAAAAUAACAAAUAUAUUGAAACAAAAGUUUUUCUGUCCGUUUUAUGUAGUAGCUGUGUGAUCAGUGAAGUAAUGCUCAACACUCAGAAGGGAGAAGAUGAAGAGUUGUGCUUCGAUGCUUUUUUUUGUACUGUAAAUAUGGGCUUUGUGGCAUUGUAUUGAGGAAAGUUAAUUUUCUAUUUUAAUUUUGUGUAUCUUGCUUAAACAUAUCCAUGUUGACAUGCUUGAGUUUUACCUAAAAAAGAAACUUGUGUAAAAAGUAACAACAAAAAAAAAAAAAAGAAAUCAAUCACACUAUAGGUGUCUAAACGCUAACUGUUCAACCAUAGAGCUGUCCUCAGACAAUUCAGAGUGAAGUCACACAAGAGUUGGUCUAUUUUAGUAUGUGUACAUCAACUUCCUGUAACACGGGUGUGCAUGCUGUUUCCAUCCUAAAAGAAACAUACCAAUCAUUUUAUAACGUCUACCAAGACCCUGAGACAAUUACAAACCUUCUUUUCUAUGUCAUUUCCAUGGUAAUAUACCAAAGUCGACUUAUGGAAAACUAAAUAUUCAGGAUUUUGUUUUUAAUGUCUGACUAGUUAAGCAAAGUAAUAUAUUUUAAGUAAUAUAUUUUAAUAAUGAAAAAUAUAUUUACAAAAUUGUUUUUAAAAGAAACAGGGUAUUUGUUAGAGCUCUAUAUGGACUGUCUCUUUGGUAAGCCUCUGUCCAGCUGGGACAGGUCUCUUUCUACAGACUUUUUUGUAACCGAACGUCCCUGACUGACCUUUCCUAUGUGGCCCUCCCUUUCUUAUUUCUGUAUUUUUGUAUGAAUGUUCCGUGUGUGUGUGUGUUAGUGAUUAUUACCAUGGCAGUGUGACCUCUGACCUAUGACCUGUAUGUUAAAUGCAUGGUUAGGUGUGGGGUUCCGUGCCAUAGAGAGGAAUUGUGUGAGGUGGGGGAUAUAGAGGGAUUAAAGAGUCCGCGUGGAAACUAUGGCAUUGUGUGUAAACUAAAGCCACAUAGAGUCCACAUGGACACCAUGUGAAUGGCAUUGUGUGUAAAGCUGUGUGUGUGUGUGUGUGUGUGUGUGUAUGGUGGUGGGUGGGUGUUUCGUGUGUAGGUGUGUGACUGUUAUAGUUCAAAACAUUUCUGAAAGACUGAAAGAACAUCAGGCUUGGCGUGAUAAAAAAACAUGAUUGUUAUGUGUGUUGUGUAUUUUUUUUUUUUUUUGUUCAUUUAUUUGUUUGUUUUUCUGUUUAGACUUUCCCCUCCAGUCAGACACAGUAGGCUAGCCCCAACCCCACCCCCCGAUCAAUCAGUGUCUGAUCUCCGUUAGUGAACUGUCUCUCAAGUUGGUAAUGUGUUGUGCACUGGGAGAUGUAUUGGCUCACAUAAGCAGGAGGCCACCCUAGCGACUGGGUAACUGGGUGAGAUGGUGACCACAGAGCGAGGUAGACCAAUCAGGAUGCUUGAUCCUGUCAGCCGAUUGUGUCAAAAAUUGCACACCCCACUUUGAGCACUCAACCGGCUAACCCUCUUGUAGACGUGUGAAGCUGGAUGAAUGUGUAAAAGUUUGGAGGAAGAUGUGUAGUGUUUGUUGGUUGUUGUGGGCAUUUCUAACAUUCUCCUGUUCCCCCAGUGUGUGUGAUAUUCAUGUGGAAGCUUUCUGAAGACUCUGUAAAAAAGAUGAAUGUAAUAUAGCAGUCCUAAUCAGCACUUGUAAACAAAGUGUAUUUUACCAUCAAAUAUUAUGAAUAAAUGACAAAGAAUGACA